AUAGAUGAUAUCGGGCAUGUUCUUCGGGUAUCUGCUUUGGCAAAUCACAUAUGUGAUACAUACUUAACCCACGAUUCCCCGUCGGUGCGAAAAACACAUUGUACAGGACGAAAGCAUCGCGACAACGUUAAAUUUUAUUACCAAAAAUGGAUGGAGGAACAAGCGCAACAUUUAAUCGAUGCCACUACAGCCGCAUUUAAAGCUGGUAAAAUUACUCAGAAUCCGUUUACCAGUGGGGUUCCACCAAAAUCUGGAGUAGCAGUACCCCAUGGAAAAAACGUUAAUAAGCCUACUCUUUUAAUUAAUUUCAAACUAUAAAAUUGAGAAGAUGAAAUGGAAUCGUCUAUGCAACCCAAGGAAAUUGAUCAUAUAUGCCGCACAUGUGGUUUCGUACGA